GUACUCACUAAUGGCCCAUCAUUUUGACAGCCAGCUCGGGGCAGCAAAACCCGAGCCGAAACCCUCGCCUCCGUCUCCCCUCCCGACCGAGGCAGCCGCCACGCACCCGCGUCGUUGCUCCUGGAAAUCGCCGCCGCCACACGCCUUCCUUAGCUGCACGUGCCCAUCGACCCUGCGCCCGCCGCCUCCGCUCCUCCGUACCUUGCCCCCACGCCGCCACCCGCACGCGCCCCUCCCGACCCACGCACCACGCCGCCAGCGCCGCCCUCCUCCCGCCAUGCUGACGACUCCCACCUCAUCGAAGAAGACGAGGAAGGCGGCGCGGCGGCGCGAUGACGAAGAGACCAAGGGAUCCGCAUUGGUAAGUAGCAAGGAGUCUGGAGAACCUGAUUUGCAGGAGAACACAAACCCCACUCAUCAAGGAAGAUCAAAGAAAAAAGAAAGUGCCAAGAAAAAAGAAAGAGGAAAAAAGAGGAUAUCAUCUGCUUUGGAUUCUACUAAUGAUACAGCCAAUGAGGAAAUUUCAGAGUAUAAUCUUGAUGAACCUACUAUGGAGGAAAAACUAGCAACUCUGAAUUUGAUCAAUAAAGAUAAUGAAGAGCAACCACUCUUUAUGGCACCACCAAGUGCAGAUUCGGUCCAUAUUUUGCUGAAGCAAGCUCUGCGCGCUGAUGAUAAUGUAUCAUUGCUGAAUUGCUUGUACAAUAGAGAUGAAAAGGUUAUUUUUAAGUCUAUAUCACUCCUAACACCAGCAGAUGUUGUGAAGCUUCUCAAGUUCUUUGUAUUGCAAAUACAGUCUAGGGGCGCAGUAUUGGUUUGCUUGCUCCCAUGGCUGCAAACUUUACUUAGUCGACACAUGAGCAGCAUAGUGUCUCAGGAAUCUUCUCUGCUAUUGCUCAACUCACUUUACCAGCUUAUUGAUGCAAGAACAUCAACGUUCAAGUCAGCACAUCAACUCUCUACUACUCUAGAUUACCUUUUCAGCGAGGUUGCAGAUGAUGAAGCAGACGAUGAAGAGGCAGCUCCACCGAUAAUUUAUGAGGACAAGGACACUGACGAGGAAGAGUUUGAAGUUGAUGCUAUGGAAACCGAUGAGGAAGCUGAAGAGCUUGGGGAUGUUACUGAUGCUUCUGAGCAUUCAGAUGGAAGUGAGAUCAUAAGCAACUGAUUAAGUUCUACUCUCCCAAGAUCGGGCUCGCAAGCAUUAAUCAUUACGAUUAGGUGGAAUUCACAAAGCUCAUGAUGGAUUAAACCUCGGUCCUAGCUGUCUGCUGCAUCUGCAUUCGGUUGUUAGUUUGGCACGUGGUGGUAGCUUUGAGGAAGGUUCAAAUUUGAUGGGAGGUUGUGCUUGUACUUUAUUAAGCAUGUAUUGCCAAAUAGCAUCAUGUAUUAUCUCGGUAAAUUUUGCGUGCCAGGUGAAUGUAUUUUGCAAGCUUUUGGGUGGCUUUUGAGCUGAGAAGGAAAGUGAAGGCGAUGUGACAAAAGAAAGCAUUGCCUCGUUCAUACCCUGUAGGAAGGACAAUUGUCUAGAUAUAUAAAGUUUCAGUUCAUGAUAA